UACACAUGACACAAAUGUAUAAAACCCGCAGAAAGAGAGCCAUCUCUGCAGACAGGUAGAAGAUGGGAAUUGACCAAAGGCUGGGAUCUUUACACUGAAGGACGCACAGUUUCAGACAUUGUCUUGGAUUACUACAUGCAUUCAUUUUCUCAAUCACCAGUGCUAGCACACUGAACCUGCACACCAAGCGACACUUGCAGCCCUCUCGAGUUCAACAAUGGUACUGAUGAUCAUCAGAACCCUUACAAUUCUUUGGAAUGUUUUAUUGUUAUUUACCGAGAUUAGCUCUUCCAUGGAAAGUGAGAUUUUUACUCCCGUGAGAUUGGAUCAUCCUAAUCCCGUAAAACACAAUUUUGUAAGCAGCACAGACGAAGCAAUCCACCGCAGAGUUGCUUUUAAAAUAAGCGCAUUUAAUCAGGAUUUCUAUCUCAGCCUGAUGCCUGAUUCCAGUUUCCUUGCGCCUUCUUUUUCCAUGCAGAUGGUCGGUGCCUCUCCACACCCAGUGACUAAUCCAAGUUUGAGCCAUUGCUUUUAUUCUGGUAAUGUCAACUCCGACCGCAAUUCAUAUGCAGCCCUCAGCCUUUGCAAAGGGUUACAGGGCGCUUUUGGCUACAAAGGGUCGGAAUAUCUGAUAAGCCCCUUUGAGAAUGACACGACUGCAGGAAGCUUAAAAAGCAUCGAAAGAGCCCACGUUAUUCGUGUCAGGAGCGCAUUUCUCCAAACCGACAACUCUACCUCCAGAUGCGGCGUCGGAUCUGGUUUAAAUCGGGCUGUGUUAGAAGCUUUGGAUAAAUAUAAAAACAUAAAAGGACACAUCAAAGCCAACCUGACCGAAACUGUCCUGAAAACCCUCGGUAGAUCAAAGCGGUUCGCUUCUAUACCCAGAUAUGUUGAGAUCCUCAUGGUAGCCGACGACUCCAUGGUUAAAUUCCAUGGCGAUGACCUCAAACACUAUCUCCUGACCCUCAUGUCUGUUGCAGCCAGGCUUUACAAGCACCCCAGCAUCCUUAACUCUAUCAACAUCGCAGUGGUUAAGUUUAUGGUGAUAAGCGAAGAUGACAAGGGGCCAAAGGUAUCCAGUAACGCAGCCCUGACUUUGCGCAAUUUCUGCAACUGGCAGAAAAAGUUAAACAAAGCCAACGACAAACACCCCGAAUACUGGGAUACAGCUAUCCUAUUCACUAAACAGGACCUGUGUGGCGCCACUACCUGUGACACGCUGGGCAUGGCGGACGUGGGGACGAUGUGCGACUCGAAGAGGAGCUGUUCUGUCAUUGAGGAUGAUGGGCUGCCCUCAGCCUUCACGACAGCACAUGAGCUAGGGCACGUCUUCAAUAUGCCCCAUGACAGUGUGAAGGCCUGUGAGGAGGUGUUUGGCAAACUGAAAGACAAUCACAUGAUGUCGCCCACACUGAUUCAGAUCGACCGCUCCAACCCCUGGUCAGCCUGCAGUGCCGCCAUCAUCACAGAUUUUCUAGACAGUGGCCAUGGUGACUGCCUUCUUGAUCAGCCCCAGAAGCCAAUUGCUCUGCCAGACACUCUCCCAGGGUCCAGCUAUAACCUGAACCGACAGUGCGAGCUAGCAUUCGGGACGGGCUCCAAACCCUGCCCCUAUAUGCAGUCCUGCACCAAGCUCUGGUGCACGGGCAAGGCCCGGGGGCAACUGGUGUGCCAAACCCGACACUUCCCCUGGGCCGACGGAACCAGCUGCGGGGACAGAAACUUCUGCUUGAAGGGAGCCUGUGUGGAAAGACAUAACGUGACAAAAUACAAGGUGGACGGCCGCUGGGGAAAGUGGGGCCCCUUUGGUUUUUGCUCUCGAACCUGUGGUGGUGGAGUGCAACUGGCCAAGAGGGAGUGUAACAACCCUGUGCCAGCCAAUGAUGGCAAAUACUGUCAGGGUGUCCGCAUCAAAUACCGCUCCUGCAACUUGGACUUGUGCCCAGAAACAGGUAAAAGUUUCAGAGAAGAGCAGUGCGAAGCCUUCAAUGGGUACAGCCUCAACACUAACCGACUUACCCCCUCUGUGGUCUGGGUCCCCAAAUACUCGGGAGUGUCACCAAAGGACAAAUGUAAACUCAUCUGCAGAGCGAAUGGCACAGGCUACUUCUACGUGCUUGCACCCAAGGUGGUGGAUGGGACCCACUGCAUGCCCGACUCCUCAGCUGUUUGUGUCCAAGGAAAAUGCAUCAAAGCCGGUUGUGAUGGAAAGCUGAGCUCCAACAAGAAGUUUGAUAAGUGUGGCAUGUGUGGUGGGGAUAACAGAAGCUGCAAGAAGGUGUCAGGAUUGUUUACAAAGCCCAGACACGGGUACAACUUUGUUGUGAUGUUGCCAGCUGGAGCUUCGAACAUUGACGUCAGGCAAAGAGGCUACAAGGGGAUGGUCAGCGAUGACAACUACCUGGCUGUGAAGAACGGGCAGGGUAAAUACUUACUGAAUGGACACUACGUGGUCUCGGCGGUGGAGAGAGAUAUCACAGUCAAGGGGAGCUUGCUACGCUACAGUGGGACAACCACAGCGGUGGAGACGCUGCAAGCCUUCAAACCACUCCUAGAACCUUUAACAAUCGAGGUGUUAUCCGUGGGGAAAAUGACGCCCCCUCGGGUCCGAUACUCCUUCUAUCUACCGAAGGAAAUCAAGGAGGAUAAGGGUUAUAAGAAGGACGGGAGGAGCCAUUCACACAACAGCGUGCUGGUGGAUACAAACAGGGUGGAAGGGAGGAAGCCAGAAUAUAAAAGGCCCAUGUAUAAAUGGGCUGUGACCAACUGGGACGAGUGUUCUGUGACUUGUGGAGACGGUUUGCAAAGGAGACUGGUGGAGUGCCACGACGCUAGCGGUAAAUCAGCUGCCAGCUGUGACACCUCAGUGCGGCCGGAGGACUUGCGAAUAUGUGGAGACCCGUGCCCGGUGUGGGAGAUCGGGGAGUGGUCCCCCUGCUCCAAGACUUGUGGGAAAGGGUUUAAAAGACGGGUUUUACGCUGCAAGACACAGACUGGACUACUGCUGCCCAGAGAUCACUGUAAUACCAAGAGGAAGCCACAGGAACUUGACUUUUGCACACUGUGGCCGUGCUAACAAUCCCCCAUCCUCCCCCAUAACGGUGGACGUUUCUUUCUUGCGUCUGGAAUUGGUCAAAUGUAUUGGAUGAUAAAGUGAUGGAGCAGGACGGUUUCUGGUGCAUCAAAGGGGUUAUAUGAAGAAAACAUGUAAAGACAGAGAGAGGUACAAGUUGAUUGAUUUAAACGGAAUGGAGUCGGAACACACACGUCUACCUCUAACAGAAAGCAAACAAACAAGAGUUCAGAAAAAUACUGCCGGAACAGAAAAUACAAUAUUGGGUCGUUCAUAAAAUGGUAACUCAGACUUUUAUAAGGGUCAGUCAUCAUUAAAGUAUACUCAACGGUUUAACGUUUUAUAUAGAAACACAUUUUUAUUUUUUUAAUGGGGUUUAUAAAUAAUGACUCAUUAAGGAAAGAGAAUAAAUAAAUAAAAAUGUGUUGCGUUGAGAUCACAGCAUAAUUAUCUCGUGAUCUCAACAUAAUUAAUUUUUAUUGAGCCACCAUACACUGCAGUGCUACAAAAGGACAAGGAUUUCUUUCAACAUAUGUCCCCUAAAAUCUAUCAAAUGGCAAUAGUUGUUUCAAUUAUUUUAGCAGUAAAUAUGUAUGACUGACAGCAUAAGGAACCCAUCAAAUAUCCAAACAACCCACUUAGGGGAAUGCUUUCUCCUGGAUUACGACAGAAUACAUUUUGAAUGAGUCAAGUUCAGCAUACCACGAGGCAUACUGCUUCUAAAUAGAAAAAAAAAAAGAUCUUGUUAAUAAGAAAGAAAGUACAGUAAAAAAAAAACACAAUACAUGCUACACGAAACUAAUUAAAAACGUCAUAAAAACUAACUUUGUUUAUAAAAAAUAAAAUAAGAUGUUUUAUAAUCGCCACGUAUUCAAUAAUUUACUAAGUAUUUUGUAGUGCUGAAGUGUGAACGCGGCAAACAGUAUGUAUUUAUUUAAAAAAAAAAAGAUUUCUUGGGUUACAAACACCAUCAAUGCAAGAGUGAACCCCUGUUUAUACCCUAUGUACUGAAUGGUUAUCAUUCACUUUCAGACUGUUUACAACCAAGUAGUAAACAAAUACCAUACUACUUCUAAACUUGGUAUGACUAACCGCAGGAUUCAUUUUUAAUCAUUGCACCACUAUCCUUAUAGCGUUUGUUUUUUUUACAUACCAAAUUACAACGACUAUGAUAACUGUGUUAAAUUAUUUCAGCUUCAUGAAAUGCCAAAUAUCUUUAUCCCAAUGGUUGUUUGGUUUUGAUACUAUGCUUUUAUAAGGAUCGCUGUGCCAUAAAUGUUAUCCCAGGGAAGUCUUCAGUUGCACAGCAGUAGUAUAACGUCAGUAACGUUGAAGUACCAAGUCAUACUAUUUUGUAAUGUGUUUUCCCAGAUGUGCCAGAUGUUCCCUUUCAGCUAUCCUUCUGCCUACGGAUUGCAAUGUGAGAUCUCCGUUUAGUGUUACUGGCUUGGAGAUUGGCCUUUUAUUCAAAGCAAAACCACAUUUUGUAUAUGAGAGGGCCAAUUUUUUUAAACAGCAAAACCCAUUUCAAGUCUGUUGGCCACUUCGUGCUGGUAUUGUGGGGAGAUUAUUCACCACAAAGCAAUACAAUACAUGAAGUGUUUCUAACUACACUGUCUUUACAUAGGAACUGUCGAUACACAGCCACGUUGGUAAAUACAAUGCUAUAUACAUAGACUUAAGAUGUUACCUCGAAAUCAAAGGAGACGUGUUUUGGGGCUCAACGAGACAAGUUAUCCGACUCAAGAGCCAAGAGUUGGAAAGUUUGUGGUAAAUAAAAUAAACUUUAUAGGGUUGUCCUUAAUCAGUUAACAUAAAUGAUGUGUUUCCUCUAGUCAAAAAACAUUCCGUGUUUAUUUCUUAAGCUUUUAAGAGCUUAAUAGAAGAAUCACAUUACAAGAGCAUUAAAAACAGCCCGGCGCUCGUCUUCCUGUGAACGAUGGCAUCCUUUGGAUAAAAAGGGGUCAUUGCUUUAUUUCUGAUCCCACAAAAGUACUGCAGAGUGGUCGGCUUAUUUUAUAGAGUCAGGAUUUAAAGGAAUUUGAUAACAUCGACCCUUUUUAUCCAAGUCACUUAUAGUGCCGGAAAUUGCCAUGUUCUUGUAGUGUGUCUUGGCAGCAACAGAAACAUACUGCGUCUGUGGUAACUCACCAUUUUUAUGGUUUCAUUUCCCAUUCCUUGCCAGCAGUGCAGCUGCUACUAUAGAGCCCUGUCUGGUACAUCAUUAAAAACUAAGUUAUUACAAAGAAUAAACGUGGCAAACACAGACAAUGUUAUGCUGUACAUGUAUUUUAAAAGGUUGACCCUUCCCCAUGUAUGUAUGGACUGAAUUCAUUGUUGUGUACCUAUUUAACUGAACUUCCUGUAAUCCUUUACAUCACUUAUUUUGUAUUUGUGUUUUAUUUGUAUUGUUUGUUUUUUUUGGUUCGGAGGGACAACAUCUUCCAUCUAAAAGAUGGUUCCUAUAUUACUUGGAAUUUAAUGUUUUCUUUUGCACUUUUGUACAGCAAAAGACUUGUUAUAUGUUGUACUGGCUGCUCUGUAUACCAUGUAUACACCCAAUCGGCUGUGCACAAAUAAAUAUUGUAAAUAUCAGUUGUUGUUUA